UGCUCAAUGAUGGCGGAUAGUGCGAGUGAGAGCGACACGGACGGAGCCACCCCUCAGUGCUCCUCAUCCUUGUCUUCCUCCAUCCUUAUCUCUUCAUUCAGUCUAGAGGAGUUGACGAACCGCCUGGCUUCUUUACAGCAAGAGAAUAAAGUGCUGAAGAUCGAGCUCGAGACGUUUAAACUGAAGUGUAAAGCUCUGCAGGAGGAGAACAGAGACUUGCGCAAAGCCAGUGUCACCAUACAAGCGAGAGCAGAACAAGAAGAAGAGUUCAUCAGUAACACCCUUUUCAAGAAGAUUCAGGCCCUGCAGAAAGAGAAAGAAACACUAGCGGUCAACUAUGAGAAGGAAGAGGAGUUCCUCACUAAUGAGCUCUCCAGAAAACUUAUGCAAUUACAACACGAGAAAGCCGAACUGGAGCAGCACUUAGAACAGGAGCAGGAGUUUCAAGUCAACAAACUGAUGAAGAAGAUCAAAAAGCUGGAGAAUGACACGAUCUCCAAACAGCUCACCUUAGAGCAGCUUAGACGUGAAAAGAUCGACUUGGAAAACACCUUAGAGCAAGAACAAGAAGCUCUUGUGAAUCGGCUGUGGAAACGCAUGGACAAACUGGAAGCAGAAAAAAGGAUUCUUCAGGAGAAGCUUGACCAGCCUGUCUCCGCUCCGCUGUCCCCCAGAGACAUCUCAAUGGAGAUCGACUCACCUGAGAAUAUGAUGCGACACAUCCGCUUCCUCAAGAGUGAGGUGGAGCGGCUGAAGAAGAACCUCCGCACUACAGAGCUACAGCAGACCGAGAAGAGGGCUCAGUACAUAGAGGAAGAGCGCCACAUGCGGGAGGAGAACAUCCGGCUGCAGAGGAAGCUCCAGAGAGAGGUGGAGCGCAGGGAGGCACUGUGCCGGCAGCUCUCUGAGAGCGAGUCCAGCUUGGAGAUGGACGAUGAGAGGUACUUUAAUGAGAUGUCCGCUCAAGGCCUACGUUCCCGUACCGUAUCCAGCCCCAUUCCCUACAGCCUGUCCCCAUCCUCCAGCAGACCCAUCUCACCAGGGUUGUCUCAUGCGAGUCACACAGUUGGCUUCACACCACCAACUACGCUGACCAGAGCAGGCAUGUCCUACUACAACACACCCGGCCUGCAUGUCCAUGUAGGAGCCUCUCACGGCAUUGCAAGACCCUCCCCAAGGAGAAGCAACAGUCCAGACAAAUUCAAGCAGCCUACACCCCCUCCUUCCCCCAACACCCAGGGUGGUGUCCAGCCCCCGCCUCCCCCUCCACCCGCCGUGCACCCGACAUCACCGCAGCUGUCCUUGCGGCCAUAGAUCAGUGAGCCAUCGCAGGGACUCAAAACAGAGCUGCUUCACUGUAACAUCCCUCAAGCCAAAGGCUUAAGAAUCCUCAAUGUCUUCUUCAUCUCGCACUGAAACAUUCAUCUGUGUUGUGUUCAUAAUUAUGUGUAUGGAAGCGUUGAUUGUGUCUACUUAAGAUGGUGUGUGAGGUAAAGGCAUUUCCAGCUCAGAAGGAGUGAACAUCACUUUAGUGUAAAGCACUGUUUUAGCAAGCCCUUAUUGCUUUGGCAUCAGUGUCAAGCGAUCUACGCCUUUAGCCACCAUUGCUUUGUUGUAGACGGACAAAAAUAUACUACUUAGGAAAUGACAUGGUCAUAUAUUUUUCAUAGUUGAGUAUUUUUCCAGUGUUCAGACACUUUAGAAGUGUCAACCAGAGUGCACCAGCAGGACAUUACAGAAAGCCACAGCUGUGCUUCCUUACUCCAAAUGGGAUCG